AUGGAAGAGAAUAAUAAUAAUAACUAUAAUAAUUCUGUUUACGAUGAUGUCCAUUUUGAUUUAUUAAAUUCACAAAACUCUAAUAAAAUAAACAUUAAUUUUAAAAAUUUAAAUAUAUUGUCUUUUAACAUUAAUGGUGAUUUCACCUCUAAACUAAAAAAUAUUAUUAAACUUUCUAUAAAAAAGAAUAUAAAAAUUAUUUGUUUACAAGAAACUAAAUUUACUCGUGAUUAA